AACCACCAUAUCCGCAAUCAUGUCGCAUACCGGUACUAUGCGUGGCACGCCCAAGGCGAACCGUAAUCAAGCUGCUGCCGGAGCGCAGUUCAACAACAGCCCCUCCAACAUCCCGCGACCCGCACUCGACACCCAUGCUUCACAUGUAGCACAAAGCGAAGCCGGUGGCUCGACUCUCAGCGCCAGCCGGGCGAAGAUGUCGAAGCGAGACGAGGCGAUCCGACGCAAGAUCGAAACCGACUUGAACAAGAAGAAGACGCCCGGAAGUCGUGCACGGCUAUCAAAGAAAGCUCCUCCGGGUACUGUUCUCGCCCUCAAGCCAAGCCCCGCCCUUCAGAUCAAGCCGUCCACGACCGUCGCCGAAGCUGCCCAGCUCAUGGCAGCGAAGAGGGAAGACUGUGUACUGGUCACAGAUGACGAUGAUCGCAUUGCCGGUAUCUUCACAGCCAAGGAUCUGGCUUUCAGGGUUGUAGGAGCUGGCAUCAAAGCACGGGACGUCACUAUUGAAGAGAUUAUGACCAAGAACCCGCUUUGCGCAAAGACCGACACCAGCGCUACGGAUGCUUUGGAUCUCAUGGUCCGGAAGGGCUUCCGUCAUUUGCCCGUAAUGGACGAGAACCACGACAUAUCGGGCAUAUUGGAUAUCACAAAGUGUUUCUAUGAUGCCAUGGAGAAGCUGGAGCGCGCAUACAGCUCGUCUCGGAAGCUAUACGAUGCAUUGGAGGGUGUGCAGGCAGAGAUGGGCUCGAGCCAACCGCAACAGAUCAUCCAGUACGUUGAAGCCAUUCGACAGAAAAUGUCUGGCCCUACCUUGGAGUCCGUCUUGAACGGACUGCCACCAGUGACCGUAUCUGUCCGCACAUCGGUGAAAGAGGCAGCUUCGCUCAUGAAGGAGAACCACACGACGGCCGUUCUUGUCCAAGACCAAGGAUCCAUCACUGGUAUCUUUACCAGCAAAGAUGUCGUUCUUCGCGUCAUCGCUGCUGGCCUCGAUCCUGCCACAUGCAGCGUGGUCCGCGUUAUGACCCCUCAUCCCGACUUUGCGCCCAUGGACAUGAGCAUACAGUCUGCUCUCCGCAAGAUGCAUGAUGGUCAUUACCUCAAUCUGCCUGUAAUGAGCGACGCAGGCGAGAUUGUUGGUAUGGUAGACGUUCUCAAACUGACUUAUGCUACGCUAGAUCAGAUCAACAACAUCAGCACAGGAGAUAGCGAAGGCCCAGCUUGGAACAAGUUCUGGCUGUCUCUGGACGCCGAGACCGAAUCGAUGAUGUCCGGAGAGGGUGGCAGCCGCCUGCCAGACCACCGAUCGGUGAUGUCCCACGAUAACCGUCCUGGUAUUCACGACCGAGGGGACAGUGUCCUUCCUAAUGACUCGGCAUCCCACCACGGGGGAGACUCGCCAUCCCAGUCUGGCAUCGGUGGACGCCACACUCCGAUCGAGGAUCUGCCGUUCCCGUUCAAGUUCAAGGCACCCAGUGGACGUGUACAUCGCUUGCAGGUGACUGCAUCUGCUGGUAUUGAGGAACUCAUUGCAAAUGUAGCCAGCAAGCUGGGUUCUGAAGUCGAGGCCAUAGGAGGCACCCCAACAUUCGAAUUUGGCAAGAUUUCUCUGUCCGGAUUUGCUUUGAGCUAUCUCGACAACGAGGGCGACACGGUUUCGAUCACCACAAAUGACGAUCUUGUGGAGGCAAUCAGCCUCUCGCGUCUUGCUCACCGUGAAAAGGUUGACCUUUUCGUUCACGAUCCAGAGAAGCCGCCCAUGGUCGCCGAGGUCAACCCACAGCCUGCGCUCGCCAAACCUGUGACCCCGCCAGAAUCUGUUCUCCGGGACCGCAAGAAGUACUUCCAGGAGGAAGAGGAAGAGGAGGAGGCCCGACCCAAGUCGAAACGUCAAAAUCAACAGCCCGUUCCCUUCGGCCAGCAACCAGAGAUCAUCCAGGGCGUGCCAAACGACCUGCUUCUGCCUGGUGCCAUCGGUGUGCUAGCAGUCGUCAUUAUUGGUGUGUUCGUGCUUGGCCGUGCAACCAGCAGGUAGUGUAGUCGUUCAUCAUCUCUUUGGUACUUGGAGUAGGAGCAGAUUGUCGCAUUGUUAGGCAGCGUUGGUAGUAUUAUAUCCAAGAAGUAUGAUCUCGUAGCAGUAGAUGUGCAAUGAAAUUGUUUC